GUUGGUUGAUAGGAGAUUUCUCAAGACAAAAGGGCUAUUGUCUUACACAAAUGCAUAUUUCAGCAAUAGCUUAUGUGUUUGUGGCAAGCACGUUCUUGGUGCUUGGAAUAAAUGGACAGGCCGAUUACGAAAAAGCACUGAAAAGGAUCCAUGGUCAAGUGAAGCACAUCGGGAAAACGAUGGUCGCCUUAAAUAAGAUGUUAAAAGAGGUUUACGACGUUAAGGACAAGUGUUACUACAGACCCGGAAAAAAUCGUACAAAGCCAGCAGACAUCUACGCAGUUCCGAAGAGCGGAAAAAGCGGUGGAAUAGUUAAAGUGGAAGUUACCAAGUUAUAUGACGAAUGCUUGAAGGGUCUAAACCCAGACAUUUUCCCUCCUGUGAAGGCAAAGAUCUGGUGUCUGCGUGUAGCACUCUGGCGCAAACAGAACGACCUGAAGGCAGGGGACUUUGAAAAAGGACUGGAGGAGGCGAAAUUGCUUCAGAAGGGAGGCGCGACGACUCGUGACCCCCGAGAUAACAAUCAACCGUGGGAUGAUACUAAGCAGAGAAAAAAGCGAGGCGCAUUGGACGUAAGGCAGAUUGCACCUGCGGACAUCACGCGUCCCCUGACUGGGUUCAGGACACGGCAGGAGUACAGGACGCUCUCUCUUGAUCAAAGAAACCGGCUCCAUGCAGCGCUAAAUCAAGUUUACCAGGACGGGACGAUGACCUGCUUCGCUCUCGUGCACAGGAACGCAUUGAAUGAUGGAGGGGCCCAUCGAGGGACAUGCCUUCCUGCCCUGGCACAGGGUCUUUCUAUCUCUGUUUGAAGAAGCUCUGAGACAGAAGGACCCAAGUGUAUCCCUGCCAUAUUGGGACAGUACCUUAGAUGACAAUAUGGCGGCGGGACCUGGGUUCUCUAUUAUGUGGGACAACGCACAUUUAGGUCCCGGUGUAGGUAACGUGAACGCAGGGCCUUUCGCCAACUGGACGACUGCCGAGGGUCCCUUGCAGAGGAACGUGGCUCGGGGAAACGGGAACCUCGUGCGUCAGACCAGGAUCAACACCUUGCUUAAUUUGUGUCUACUGGAUGAGUUCACAGACCCAUGGGAGAGUACACACGACUCGGUGCAUGUGUGGGUAGGUGGCACAAUGGAACGAUCGUUUGCCGCAGCUGAUCCCGUGUUUUACAUGCACCAUGCCUUCGUAGAUUAUGUAUGGGAGAGGUUCCGGCAGCGCCAGCGGGCAGCCUGUGGAGUGGAUCCGGCGGCAGACUACCCGCCCGACGAUGCAGAUGCACCGGAGCAUAGUGCGGUCAGCCCGAUGGUGGCGAUGGACUUUUUGAGGAACAGGGACGGCAUCGCUGAUUACUGGAUCAACAACUGGUUUAACUAUACGGACUCGCCCACUUGCGCCAAUAAUUGCGGUAACAGUCCGGACUUGUACUGCGACAGUGCAAUUAAUCGUUGCGUGUCAAACUCGCGAUUUGACUUUGGCAAUCCUGUUAGCACUACUCCUAUCCCAUUAACGACAGCUACAACUACAACUGUUACAACAACAACUGCAACUACGACAACUGAAACUACAACAACAACACGUCCGACACCUAUACCAAUUACCUCAACAUCCGAAUCGCCUAGAAACACACCAACACCACCUAGGAACAUAACCACUACACGUCCACCAACACCCAGCCCAACGCCCAUACCAAGUGCAACACCUAGCCCAAUUACGACAACAUCUACAGGCCCCCUUACGACAACACCGAUUGCAUCAUGCACUGAUGGCGGGAGCUAUUGUAGAAAGGUCAAUGAAGGUCAGAAGCCAUACGAAGGCAAAUGCUCCAAAGACCCAUAUGACGGAUCCUGUGCCAGGCGACCAAGGCCAGCUACUGCGGACGCAGUGGUGAAUGCAAUAUGUCGCAACGAGCUUCCAAGGUCGCCAUCGCUUCAAGCAGUGUUUGACGCCAUUUCGUCUGAGUUAAAGAGAGCGCAACGUUUCCCGCCGGAGAGCGAGCAGACAUGGUUCCGCAUGAAGCCGGAUGAGGAAAAGGACUGUCGCUGCCUGGACAGUCUUAUCCGAGACCCGCUUGUCGCCUACUUGAAGGAAGGCAGACAACUUAAUCAGUAUGGGCCGAAGCUUUAAGACAAAUGGUAAUCGUAGCGGCCAUUGGUUUGCUCCAGAAAUAUCAUUAAUGUAAUGUUUUUCAUUUUAAAAAACAACCUUCCAAUGGAAUCUGGCUUAUAUGUUCAAGUAUCUUUGUCAUUAAAAACUCAAUUUAAAAAAUAAACAUGUUAACGUUU